UGAUCAACAAAGAUGGCGAGAGUUUCGCGUUUGCAUCGAAUGCGCUUGCUGCCACCGUUGUCAUCCAGGUCUUCUCCUAUGAUUGGCAAGGGCAUUAAAUAUGGAUACGUGUGUACAGGCGAGGCCUUCGUCUUCCUUCACAUCCCGGAUGACCCCACCACCGUUCGCUAUCAUGUAUGUGUUCCCAAUCUGGACGUCCUGGAUGACGACGAGAACAGGCUUCGCUUCACCGUACGGCUGUCGCGCAGGUCUUCGCUUUCAUCAUCCAGAUCCUUCGUUCCGAGCCGCCUCCUCCGAGCUGGCACAACGCGGCUGCAGCCCUCGACCCCUGGGCUGUAGAACAUGACGACGCACUAAGAAACGUUCCCGAAUCCGUACGCAAGUGCAAGGAAACUCGUGCCUCUCCCUACAAACCCUAACGCUAGCGAGGCUUCAACCGCUCGCCGAUUCAGACACGCUCUCGCUGCAAGCUGUAGCAGGCAACCGCUGAUUCAACGUAGCGAGUUCAUUAUCGGCGCUUUAUCAGAGCACGACAUCGUCGGGUGGUCAGCAGCUUUGAGUGACGGAAUGACAUCCAGGAUGGCAUCUAUUCUGUUACCAACUGACAUCCCCAAAACUCCCUAUAGUUUCCCUGCCAAUCACGUCCUUUCAUUAUAUCCCCGAAAGCACGCACUUCCCCCAAAUCACGAUCCUCAAAUGGCAUCCCUCAAAUGGCAUCCCUUCAUUACGUCCCUUAAAACGCAUCCCUUAAAUCACGUCCGUUAAAUCACGUCGGUACGAAUCGCAGGCCGACUCACGCGCCAAGACAUCAUCCAAUGGGCUAACAGCAAAAGCUUACUGGGCGCUAGAGAAGUAAUGGAGCUGCUAGACUGGCGACAGAGUGCCACGUUACUGGGCUUCUGGGAGGUCCCGACCUGGAAGAUUCCAGAAUUCUGACAGUCGCGUGCCCCGCCGGUAGACUACGGCAGCUGCCGAGGGCAACUCAAGGCAUGAGCUGCAAACGAACAGAUGGGGGAGAGCAGGGCAAGUUGGUCACUAGGCAGUUCGUGUCCAGCACUUAACAAAAAGCAACAUUAUUCUGUACAUAUUUCCGUGUCAUGGAUUAACUCUCAUACAAAGGCAUCAGAAGGGGCGCUAAAAGGGCAUCAGUGGAGGAGCGGGACACUGGCAGAGCACCGGUAGAAACAAGCCUUAACGGUGUUGGAGGGCUGCAAGUCAAUGAAUCGUCAAGUCUGCUUCU